AUGCGACGGCAGCAGGGCAUGGUCCUGGAUGACAGAUACGUUCCGUACCUGCAGAUGGCUAGUCUUUACCAUCUUGCAAGGCUGAACGAUAGAUGGUUCCGGUUGGACGAGGCCCUUGUCAGUGCGUUUGUUAAGCGAUGGCGUCCGGAGAUGCACACGUUUCAUAUGCCGUUCGGAGAGUGCAUGAUCACACUGCAGGACGUGGCAUACCAGCUGGGUUUGCCAGUGGACGGGCGUUACGUCAGCAGCUGCCUAUCAGAGUUCCAUAUAUACAUCGAGGGUGGCCGUCCAGCCUGGGUUUGGUUCGAGGAGUCGCUUGGAGUGGUACCUCCUCCUAGCCAGGUUCAGAAGUACGCGGUCAACUGCAGCUGGUUUCAGGAAACGUUUGGUGAGUGCCCGGAGGGAGCUGAUGAGGAUACUGUGCGUCGUUAUGCCCGUGCGUACAUCAUGAUGUUGUUGGGCACGCAGCUUUUUGCGGAUCUCGGUUUAGGCCUGCAGGAUUUGAGACGUUCAGCUGGCCAUUGGCCUCGAGGUUACAUCCCUUCCAGUAGCGAGAAGGGUCCUAGAGUUCAGACGUGGAGGCUCUGGAUAGACCGGUUGCAGGAUAGAGAGUUUAUCUGGAUGCCAUACAGUAGCCCCGACGUACUUCAGGUCGUGCAUCCCGAGGUUUUGGAGCCUCGGCAUAUGGUGCUGUGGCGGUCUGUUACAUCGCUUAUCUACUUUGCCGUCAUAGAGUGGCAUCAGGUAGACAGGGUUCUUCCGCAGUUUGGAGGGGUGCAGCCCCGUCCACAGGCCGCCCUGAACAUCGACUUUCUGAUGUCGAAGGACGGCAGAGGCGGCGAUCGAUGGUUCCCGUCCCAUUUGCAGAAGUGGCAUUAG